AUGAUAAAUUCAAUGAUGGCUGUGAACCCUUUGUUGACAGCAUCAGGGCAGCAGAGGAUUCCACUGGUUCCCUCAACACUUGAACCUCCAAGUGUGGACAGAGAUUUAUUGCCUCCCACUGUGGCUCCAACUGACCCAAGACCAUUUUGUGUUCCUUCCCAAUUUGCAUCCUCUGCUCUACCACAUGCAAAUAUGCCGAAUGUGCUGUCUAACCGUGUCUACUCAGGUUGGGGCAUUUUGCCACCUGAAUCCCUAAAGGCAAUGGCUAGAAGGAAUGAAAUGCUUCGAAGGCAGCAUACUGCCAGGAUGGAAAUGGAAAUGCAUGCCAUUUACCAGCAAAGGAGAAUAGAAAAAGUUAAUUCCAAGGGACGAGCAGGCCUAGGGAUACCAUUCCUCUAUGGCUCCAGUGUCCCAGCUGGCCCAGCCACUUACCAUGGCAGGAACACACUCCCUGCCAGGGACCUGCAUGUUCACAGAAGUGCCCUGAGAAAUCUUCAGGGAAACCCCACGCUAGUGGCAACCAGUCCACGCUUUCCGGAGAGCUGGGGGCAGAAAUGUCAUCGCCUCAGGAGAGCUACAGGGAAUCAGAAAGUUCUAGAUAGUGACACUGAGAGUUCUAAAAGUCAAGUAGAAGAAAAACCCCUAGGCCAAACCCACGCAAUUCCCUAUGAAGAGAAUGAGUAUGCAAAAGACCCAGAAACGGAUGCUCUCAACAAUCACAAGUUGGGUGAAACCAAUGAAAAGCCAACUACAGCUCUUGCGGGAGAGCUGGAGCCCAACCAUAGAAAACCCUGGGAAGCUCAUGGCACUCCCCUGGAAGAAAAGGCCUGGGAGGAUGGGAAAGAGAAGCCUUCAGAGCAGGUUUUGGCAGCCUGUGGUGAAAAGAAUGGGGUUUACCCUCCAGUUCCUCGACCAUCUCUGCCAGGAACACAUGUGUUGCUUACAAUCCAGGAAAACCUAUCUUUGGAUGAAGAUAUUCAGAAAUGGACCGUGAAUGAUGUGUGCAACUUUAUUAGUGGCCUUCCGGGUUGUUCAGACUAUGCUCAGGUAUUUAAAGAUCACGCAAUUGAUGGAGAAACUUUGCCAUUACUCACAGAGGAGCAUCUUCGAAGUACUAUGGGAUUAAAGUUGGGGCCGGCGCUAAAAAUCCAAUCACAGGUAUCUCAGCAUAUGGAAAACAUGUUCUACAAGAAAAGUCUUUCACUUUCUACCCACACGAAACAAGCAUUCGAUCAACCAACAGACACAAACCCUCUUUUGGAUUUUAAUUCCUGGAGUGAUACAUUGGACACUCCUUGUUCCCAGGAUAUGAUUGUCCCUAAAGGAACUGAGCAAGAUAGGAUGAGAAAUUGA